AAUAAGACCAUACAACUGUUAAGGUCUCAAAAGUGAACUACAAUUAGAGGAAAAUAAUCAUAUAAGCAAAAUAGUGCAAUUAUUUAAUAAGAAAAAUACUAUAAUUAAAGGAAAAUAAAAUGGAUACCUUAAAAACCAAUAAAUCCUCUUUCUCUAUAGAAAAUAUUUUAGAUCAAAAAACCUCUAAAGAUACUAAUUUAAAACCGACAACACAUAUACAAAUACCCUCUCCCAGUUUAACAACAACAACAUCUUUACCCUCACCCAAUUUGGAUAAUACCGUAACAUCUACCAGUCUAGCACGUACACCGGAUUUUGAACAAUAUACCGCUUUUAAAAAUCUCACUUUAAAAACAGCCAACAACCACAACAUCAACAACAACUCUCCCUCCUCAUUAACUUUAGCUAGUACUUUAACACAACAUGCAACAGCUGCCCCUGCUCCUACUGCUCUACAUUUUGAUCAUGUUUAUGAUCCUACAGCCUCCUUAUUCUAUCAACAAGUCUUAAAUUUACAGAAAAAUUCCGCCUUUUUAAUGCCACAUUUUCAGGCUGCAGCAGCUGCCGCCGCAAUGGCUAAUGUUUCGACGGUGGCGGCUCGUGGAACACCGUCGGUUUAUUGUGAAACUCCUUAUAAUCAAUUUAUGGAUUGUGAAGCCUAUCCCACAAAUGCCUCAGCCGCUGCUGCUCUAUACUGUAAUGCUGCCUAUCCCGGUUUCUAUAUGCCUGGUUUUGGUGUAAAACGUAAAGGUGGACAAAUUCGUUUUACCUCACAACAAACUAAAAAUCUCGAAAAUCGUUUCAACUCCUCCAAAUAUCUAUCGCCCGAAGAACGUAGACAUUUAGCUCUACAACUUAAGCUAACCGAUCGUCAAGUCAAAACAUGGUUUCAAAAUCGUCGAGCUAAAUGGCGUCGUGCUAAUCAGGCAAAACGUUCUUCCCACUAUUUACAUGCCGCAGCUCAGACACAUAAUAAUCAACGUAGUGUUAUUAAAUCAAAUCAUAUAACAAAUAAUAAUAGUAAUAGUAGAAAUCAGUCAUUGAGUCAGGAAGAUAAACAAUUCCUGUCGGAAAAUGAUGAAAGUGAUGGAGAUAGUGAAGAUGAAGAUAUUUAUGUGCAGGAUAGACCAAGAUCGGAAUAAACAAAGUAGUAGUAAUUUAAGUUUUAACGUAAAUUUAACCAAAGAUAUCAGUUAACUAAAGUAUUUAAGAGCAUUUAUUAGCUUUAAGUUUUAAUAAGUAAAAAUUUAGUUUUAAUUUUAUAUGUAAAUAGUGCGAUUU